AUGACCAUCAUCCUAUCUAUUGUUAUCCUUAUAAAAUCUGUCACACAGAAUGCCUCGCUAUGAAAAAACUCCAUAAGAACAAAAUCCCCCAAUUUGCCUAAAGAUAAACAAGACGCACGUGACAACUGCUUGAACCGCUCCAGCUGAGUGUGAAGGUCACAGAGCAGACGACACAGAUCGGGUUAUUUUCGUCCCACUUACUGUCUUCUCGGAUAAGUCUUCUGGGUUAAACCACAGCGGAUGUUAGAAGAGAGAGAACAUGGCUUCAGAGGAUUCAGAGGAGCUCACUGUGACUUCAGAAGUACAUCAUUUCUCCAAGGAAGAAGUGAUUGACGGUUCCUCGGGAGAUAUGAGCACAAUUUCACAAGUAUCACAACAGAUUGAUAAGUCGCAGGAGGUGGAGGACGAGGAUUUGUUUGAGUGUAUCCUGGGAGCCAAUGGCCAGGUGGUGCUCUGGAGUGCAAAGCGAGAAACUGUGUUAUCUAGGUUUGAUUUUGUGUACCCUUCCUAUAUGACGACAUGUGAGGGCAGCAAGAUAAUGAAGGCGGUGGCAGAUGCUGAUGGAGAUCUUCAAGUCACAAGAAAGAACAAUCUCCAUAAGAAGGAAGGUGUUGUUCUCAUUGAACAAUAUCUUUUCUUCUCAAAGGAAAGGGAACACCAGAGUGCCACAACUUUAGACUUGGUUGGUGAACAAGUUUGGCGUGGAGCACUGUUCCUCGCAGACUUUAUCCUCCACCAUCCUGAGAUCUUCAAGAAUGCAAACAUCCUGGAACUGGCUUCUGGGGUUGGAUUAACAUCCAUUGUUGCAGGCAUGCUUGCAAAGAAAGUUGUGAUUACAGAUGUCGAUCGUGGUGAUAUUUUGACUCUUAUUGAUCGUAAUGUGGAAAGAAAUAGAGAAAUAAUGAAAGCAGAAAUUCUUGUGAAGGAGAUAGAUUUCUAUGACCAUGCUACUAUUGAUGAAAACUUUGAGUCGCUUAAAGACAUCUCUGUCAUCAUGGCUGCAGAUACAAUUUAUCACAACCAGUUGACAGAUCAGUUCUUCAGAACAAUAUUGAGAUUGAUGUGUGAACCACCAAACAAGACAAUGUAUGUGGCCUUAGAGAAAAGAUUUGUGUUUACAAUAGAAGACAUGGACACAGUAGCCCCUUGCUAUGACUAUUUCCUUGAUCGCAUAGAGUGGCUGCGUUGUCAGAAUUUGUCAACAAUCAACUGGACUAUAGAAGAAGUUCCCAUCGAUUUCAAGCAGUACUUCAUCUAUGAAAAGACCAGGCAUCUAGUUCUGUGGAAAAUUGCUGCCGAGCUGAAAUGAUUUUUUUUUUUCUUUUUCUUUCCAUUAAUAUUAUUAUUAUUUCUUCCUCAUUCUUUCCGGUGGUGACAUUUUUAUUUUUUUGUCUGAGUCAAAUGCUAUGAUUUAUUUUGCAUUAUGCAGAUUCCCAAUAAUUUAUUGUACCUUGCAGGGCUCUUCAAAUAUCUAAUGAGAAUAAGAGUGAUGUUUCUCAAACUUUUCCACCAAAACUUUAUGUCAGAAAUUGAUUACAAAGAUUGCAUAUUUUCGAAGUCAUCAAAAUGAAGACUGCAAGAACCUUAUAGUAUUUGUAACUCUCUGCAAUAAGCAUUGCUAAAUUAGCGUAUUUCAAAAGUCAAGAAUUUGUGUAGAUAGCUGUUGUAAAAUAUGAUCAAUAAUCGGAAAUCAAAGUGGGAAAGAAUAGAAAAAAAAAAUUGCGCUAUUGAUCUAAUUUAACACUAUUGAUCUUUGUGCAGUUUGGGAAGAAUGGUGUAUCCUUCCAUCACAUGGAGCAGAGAAGGGAUUUUCUCAGAACCUAAAAUACUUAGUUCCUGUUUUAUUGAAUGUUCAUCACAAGGGAUGGUAUUGAAGUCAUUUAUAAAGAUACUAGUUUUGAAGCUUUAAUAUUAUUUAAGAUUGUGUAUUACAUUUCCAUUUUUGUUGUUCUUUUCUGUAAAAGAAGGUGAAAAAUCAUGGACUAUGCACAAUUAUAUACUACUAUUAUAUAGAAUGUAAUUUUGUUACUUUUUGUUAUAAGUAUGCACAUGUUGUACAUUUUGACUUUUGAAUUACAUUAUAAUCAUAUAAGAUAUAUGAUGUUACAGGUAUGACUACAGUACAAAAUGCAUGUAAUUUCUUAGGACUGUGUGGAGGCAUAGUCUAAAUAGUAGACUUUGUUUUAAUCUUUGAAAAUGCAUUUGGAGUUUGUUAGAUGGGGAACUGUUUGGUUAAUAGUUAUGUUGAAGAUAUUUAUAUUUUUGUUAUCUAGGCAUUGUCUUUGGUUGUCUGUAAAGUGAGUGAAAUUAACAAAAGAGGUGAGUUGAUAUGUGAUUUUCCUUUGGCUAACAGUUGGCAGUUUUUUGAUUUUUGCCUAGUUCUUUAUUUGUAUGCUUAUCAAUAACAUGUUGAGGUUGCAUUAUUAAAGAACACACUGAAUAUAUUACAAGUAAAGCUGGCAUGCAAAUGAAACAUAAUAAUAGAAGUUUGAUAUUUAAUCUACUUCCUGAAGUUUUCAUUGUCAGCAAACAUUAUGUAUGGCUCUUCAGUUUGUUAAGUUGUGAGUUGAAUGUAGUACUGACUAAUUCAUGAUUUAGUUGUGAUAUGGUUAUGAUUUAGGUAUUUGAACGUAUCUGUGAUGGUGGUCUUCAUGUUGUUAUCAUAUUUGUUCAAAAGUAUAAUAACAAGGAAACACAUUGAUAUUUUUCAGAUUGAAUCAUAAAUAAAACAGAUAUUCCUAA